AUGUGCCGGGGAGGACACCUGCGCCGAGGGGACACCUGCGCCGAGGACACUCGCACGAGCGGGAUACUCCACGGGGUCCGGAACGGCCUCCCCGCCCUCCAGGUCCCGGACCUGCCACCGACUCACCCUCUACGGCUACGCCGCCGCCGCCUCCGCCGCCGCCGCCUCCGCCGCCGCCGCCUCCGCCGCCGCCGCCUCCGCCGCCGCCGCCUCCGCCGCCGCCGCCUCCGCCGCCGCCGCCUCCGCCUCCGGGGUCCCGGCCGGAAGUGGACAGCGCGCGGGCACUUCCGCUUCCGGCAACGGCGCCGGAAGCACGGGUCCGGGCCCUCCCGCGGGGCGGGUACUCGUCUCCCGGCCGAGCGACUUCAGCUCGGGGACCUGCCCCAUGGCCGCUCCCCAGCAGGACAGGGUAACCGCCGGGGUGGGGGGGCUCCUUGUCCGUCCCAGCCCCCCCAACUCAGACCCUCUCGCUGCCCCUGGCACCACCGCGUGCGCCCUUCCCCAGGGCCGGCGCAGUCCUGGACGCCUCCGCCGAGCGUGACUGCGUGCAUUUUCUCUCUUUUCCCUUCCCAACCUCCGGAGAGAAGACAGCCCCAGAGCCGCUGUCUCCCUCCUCUGCUGAUGCCUGAUGUCUUUAUGUUGGCCUCGUCGGCCGCACUGCAGUGUGGCAGGGGCGUCCCUCGUUUCCCGCGGACUGAGGUGGGCGCCGGGCAUUCAGUAAACGAAGAAACCAAAGCGGAGAAGGUUGGGAAUCAAACGUCUGUCAUACCUGCCACCAGCAGACAAGCGGCUUUGGGUACCUCCUGGACCCAAACACGAACUUAGCCCCUCCAGGAGUGCAGUCAUUGGCACCCACGUGGGAACAAUGCCAGUGGGAUGGGUGGCCACCGGAUGUUUCCGGGGCCCCUCAGGGGCCCAGCAGCCCAGGUCUUGGAGAAUGAAUGUGGGUCACUGGGCCGCACUGCAGAGGGCCGGUCCUGAGUCGCUGCCUGGAGGAGAGGCCCAUGGCCAGCAGUUGGCUUCACCUGGAGGAAGAAGUACGUGCUAAACCACGAGCGUUCAGGGUUUGUCUGUUUGAUAAAGGAUGCUGGCUUUGACACACCAACUGACAAGAAAGUCUUUCAUAGGUUGGAGCUGCUAAGUUGUGCCCCUGCCCCUCCUGAAAAUUAGCCACACGAAAGGAAGGGUCUGGAAGGUGGCAGGGAAGCCAGCAGAGACCAGGGAAGUGGCAGCAGCAUGGGGCAGGGGCACACAGGAAGGAGAUGGAGCUUGCGGGAGCCCCCAUUGCCACUCCGACAGGGAGCCCUGCCCUGUGCCCUGCUGAUGUUGACACUGACACCGGCUCUAUGAUUUCAGUUUUUCCUUGUAAUUUCUGAAAAUCUAGCAACAAGUUGAGCAAUGAAAAAAAGUAAAAAAGUUAAAAUUGUGUUAGAAAUUAUGACUGUAAAGAAAUUUUGAAACUAAUGAAGAAAAAAUUGCCAAAAUUGCCAAAGCUUUUAGGACUCUUCAAAAUAUAGUAACAUUGAGUAUUGUGAACUAAAGACUCAUACUAUUAUAUCAAUGUCUGGUAGUGAAUUUGGAUGGAGGACUGUCUAGUAACUUCUUAACAAAACAUUGAUUAAGUCUUUCUUGGCGGGGCGCCGUGGCUCACGCCUGUAAUCCCAGCACUUUGGGAGGCCAAGGCAGGUAGAUCAUGAGGUCAGGAGAUCAAGACCAUCCUGGCUAACAUGGUGAAACCCCGUCUCUACUAAAAAAAAAAUACAAAAAAACUAGGCAGGCGUGGUGGUGGGCCCCUGGAGUCCCAGCUACUUGGGAGGCUGAGGCAGGAGAAUGGCGUGAACCUGGGAGGCGGAGCUUGCAGUGAGCCAAGAUCGCACCACUGUACUCCAGCCUGGGCAACAGAGCGAGGCUCCGUCUCAAAAAAAAAAAGGUAUUUAUUGGCUGGGCGCAGUGGCUCCUAACUGUAAUCCCAGCACUUUGGGAGGCUGAGAUGGGCAGAUCCCUUGAGCCCAGGAGUUUGAGACCAGCCUGGGCAACAUGGUCUUUUUGGUAGGAACCCCAUCUCUACCAAAAAAAACCCACAAAAAUUAGCCAGGCAUGGUGGUGCAUGCCUGUAAUCUCAGCUCCCUGGGAGGCUGAGGCAGGAGAAUGGCUUGAACUCGGGAGGUGGAGGUUGCAGUGAACUGAGAUGGCACCACUACACUCCAGCCUGGGUGAUAGAGGGAGAAGCUGUCUCAAAAAAAAAAAAAAAGUUUCUUGACUUCUGUUUUUGGCAGACCACAUUCUGUGAACACCCAGGAGCACUGCUGAGUGCAAGCAUCAUGUCGAUUGCACAAGUGGAUUCACGAACAGGCAAGGACGUGACCAGGGACAAAUGUGGGAAGGGGAGAGGACGCGAAUCAGAAGCAGAGAUGCUUGCCGUCCUACAGCAGGCAGGUGGGUGGGUAGGGUGCAAGUUCUGCGGCCCAGGGGUUGGGUUUUACACUGAAGCAGGACAGAUGACGAAGCUAAGGCUCCCAGCAGGCGGGAGGUGGACGGCGACUCCCAUGUGAAGCACAGAUGUGCGAGGGAUGCAUCCUCAGUGAAAGGGUGGACUAGCGAAACAGCAACAGCCUGGAGACUGUUCCUAAACUCAGCCCUCGGCGGAAGCCAACCCAGGGUCAUUGCUAGAGGGAUCCUCCUCCACCUUGACAGGAGCAAACUCGAGGGGGAGGGAGGGGAGGGCACUGAAGCGCCCACAGUCCUGACCCUGCUCUGGGAGAAUAGAGACCGUGCUUAGCUCCUGCUUAGACCUUGUUAAAUGCCCACAUUAAGGUUAGCCACUGCAAAAAUAGAAACAGGAAGAGAGGAAAUGCAGGCAACACCACAGAGACUGCAGGCAAGGAGAAGAUGAGGAGGACCCUGUGUUCAAAUGUAUCAGUAAUGAGGACACAAGUAAGUGGAUUAGAAACAGUGAAACAUUCAUAGGCGAACAUCUAAAGCAUCAAACAACGAUUAGAACUGGAGGCUUUUCACACGUGGGUCAGCCAGGCCCGAGAAGCUGGUGUGGGGAUAUGAAUAUCAAACAACAUGGGUUUUUGGUCAAAAGCCACUGUCGAAGAUAGUUAUUUUCCUAAGAUGCAAAAUGCAUAAGCCAUAAAGAAUAAAAUAGAAAAGUUGCUAUACUAAAAUUUUAAACUCUUGUGGGAUAUAAUUUUUAAAUCCUUAAGUGAAAAGCCAAGCCACAGACUGAGGGAAAACAUUGUCAACAUCUGUAACUGACAAGAAAAUUGCUAUCCAGAAUAAAAACUGAACUCCUGCAAAUUGAUCUAAAAGAGCAAACAAGUGCAGCAAGAAACGGGUAAAGGACAAGAGCCACUGGCUCCGGGGAAUAAGCUGCUUCCCUCGGCCUUCAGGGAGACCUUGUCCCCACACCCUCCCCACGGGGCCCUGCUGAAGCCUCUGAGCCAUGACUAGGGUGUCCGUUGACCUGACCAGACCAUGAGCCAUGACCCAGGCCCUGCUCUAUUGUCAGCCAGACCUCACUGCGGCCAUGCGGCCUCCCCCACUCGCUAUUCAGCUCCAGCCAUCCAUACGUCCUGCAUAAAACUGCCCCCAAAGACCUGGGCCACCCCCAACCCCAGCUCUGUGCACCUGCAAAGCACCGGUCCCCUCCAUGCCCCGCAGAGUUUACGGGGUUCUCAUGGUCACGUUCAGCUGCCUGCACACGCACACACCGCACAUCACACAUGUUCAGACGCCAGCUCUGGGACAGCACUGAUGUCUGCAUCGUUUUCUCCUGAAUGCGUCCCCAGCACUGGCGCAGGGCCUGAGACUCAACAAGGACUAAAAAAAUGCCGAAUGAAUAAAAUGCACAUAAAACA